CAAGAUUGGCGGCAUCUCAUUUGAAGAUUCUUUAAUCACGGCCGCAUAUAUAAAAUCCGAGAUCAUCUUGGAUUGAGCAUCAGUUCAUUUCUUGUAUUCCAACAAGUAGUAUAGUAUCAUUAUCUGUAAACAACUGGCAGGUGAUCCGCGAAAAACUAUUAUAUAUCAAAGAUGAAGCUGUUCUUGGCCACAUUAUUUAUUGGGUUCGCCACUGCUGCGCAAUUGCAAAACACCUAUCUUCCACCUGGCAGCGCAGCCUCAGCAGGUGGUCAUGGAAAUUUCUUGCAAGGACCUAAUUCCGGUGGCACCUCCGGAAACUACCUAGCUCCCAAAACUACAUUCAAUAAUGCUGGGCAACCUAACGCUUUCAGUCAUGGUGCUCAGAGUGGAUUUGGUUCACUAAGUGGUGGAGCUUUUGGAGCACAAGGAGGUCAUACGCAGCAAAGUGCUACCUAUAGUGGAGCAGGCGGGUUUGGCGGUGGUCGUCAGGGUCCUUCUGGGCCGCAAAUUCCCAUCUUGAGUUAUAAUAAUAUCAACAACGGAGAUGGCAGCUAUCAUUUUGAUUAUGCAACUGGUAACGGUAUUCAACAAAAUGAAGAUGGACAUUUGAAUAAUCCAGGAAGUGAAUACGCCGAACAAGUUGUGCAAGGAUCAUAUUCAUACACAGGUGAUGACGGACAAACCUAUACUGUUCAUUAUAAGGCCGAUGGAAAUGGAUUCCAAGCCAGCGGAGAUCAUUUGCCAACCCCACCACCAAUCCCUGAAGCUAUUCAAAGGUCUCUUGAAUAUAAUGCUGCCCAUCCAGAAGAAAAUAACGCAGGAGCCUAUAACUCAGCUGCAGGUCAAAGUGGAUCAUACGGAGGGGCACAGGGUAGUUUUGCAGCGGGAUCUCAAGGUGGAUUUAGUGCCGGUGCAGGCAGGCCUGGUGGAUCAUUCAGUGGUGCUGGUACAUCUCAUGGUGGAUCAUUUGGUAGAAGGCCACAACAACAAUACCUUCCUCCUCAACAACAUCAAUCCGGUGGUCCAGGCGGCGCUGCUGGAUACCAUUAUUGAGCCAUAUUGAAUCAUUCAUAAACAUGAAUAUUAGAACUAAUUUGUUUGCUCAGAAUUCGUGCAUUGAAUGUGAUGUGUUAACUUGAUAUCCAGUAUAUUAUUAUUUAUUGUUUUACUGCGAAUAGCACAGAGUAAAGAAAAUCACCAAAAUAA